UCAGAGAAAGAAAUAUCAAGCUGACUGGACUUGUUUUGCAGCUAUGGAUCCGGAAAUGGUCAAGAACCUUGGAACCUCUAUAAUAGUUCCUUCUGUCCAGGAGCUAGCAAAGCAAACCAUGACCAAAGUUCCAGAACGAUAUGUUCAUCCAAAUCAAGACCCUCCUGUUGUAUCUCACACAACAUCUUUGCCACAAGUCCCAGUCAUUGACCUCAACAAAUUGUUGUGUGAAGAUGCAACUGAACUGGAGAAGCUGGAUCAUGCAUGCAAAGAAUGGGGUUUCUUCCAGGUGAUCAAUCAUGGAGUCAAUCCUUCAUUGGUGGAAAAUUUGAAGAUAGAUGUUCAAGAACUUUUCAAUCUUCAAAUGGAAGAGAAGAAAGUAUUUUGGCAGAAACCAGGAGAAAUGGAAGGAUUUGGUCAGAUGUUUGUUGUAUCAGAGGAACACAAACUUGAAUGGGCAGAUUUAUUCUACAUUGUCACUCUUCCUUCAUACAUAAGAAAUCCCCACUUAUUUCCUACUAUUCCCCAACCAUUCAGAGAUAAUCUGGAGAGAUAUUCAUUAGAACUGAAAAAGCUGUGUGUCUCAAUCAUUGAGUCUAUGACAAAAGCUCUUAAGAUCAAUCCCAAUGAAUUGCUAGAGUUAUUUGAAGAGGGAGGCCAAGCAAUGAGGAUGAAUUACUACCCUCCAUGUCCCCAACCAGAACAAGUCAUUGGACUCAAUCCUCAUUCUGAUGCUGGUGCCCUUACAAUCCUUCUACAAGUGAAUGAAAUGGAAGGCCUUCAAAUAAGAAAAGAUGGAAUGUGGAUUCCUAUUAAACCUCUUCCUAAUGCUUUUGUCAUCAACGUUGGAGACAUGUUAGAGAUAAUGACCAAUGGUAUUUACCGAAGCAUCGAACAUCGAGCAACAAUUAACUCAGAGAAAGAGAGGAUUUCCAUUGCUGCAUUUCACAGUGCUAGGAUAAACGCAGUUAUAGGUCCAGCACCAAGCCUUGUUACUCCUGAAAAACCUGCAGAGUUCAAUAGAAUUAGUGUAGAAGAGUUCUAUAAGGGAUACUUUUCACAGGAGCUGCAAGGGAAAUCAUAUAUUGAUGUCAUGAGGAUCCAAAAUGGGAUAUAGUAAAAGUUCAAUUCGCUUUGAUGGGAGGAUGGAAAAUUAAACAAUAACACAGCAAAAAAUUAUGUCACAAGCCAUAGCUAAUGUACAAUAUUACAAUAAUGCAUGGCACCGAGUAUUG